AUGGAGAAAACAAGAAUAGGGGAAGAGGUGUCCGGCGAGGUGUCCUACGUGGAGAAGAUUGAGAUCCACCAUCUGAAUCACGAUUUGGAGAAAGACAAUGUCUUCGCACUCAAGACCUUCGAACAGAGAUUGGUUCCUGGGAUGUCAGAGGACAGAUUCCGCCACGAAGUUGACGCCAACCUCGACGCACCGAAACAUGAGCGAAUCGUCCGCCUCCUCACAGCUUUCAGCUACCGAGAGAAAUUCUAUCUUGUUUUUCCGCUCGCAACCGAAGGCAGCCUGGAAAAGCUGUGGAAAUCGUACAUCCCAGAAGGCAUCGAUCAACCCGAACAGCCUGCUCCGGCUAGAGUCGCGCAUUGGUACUCGGAUGAGUGGCUGAUCGGCGAAUGCCUUGGGAUCGCCGAAGCAUUGCUGGCUACUCACACCCUUCCUGGUGAUCACCCUGAAGGAACAAGUGGCCUUCUUCAUGCAGAUCUCAAACCUGAGAACAUCCUCUGUUUCCCGAAAUCUGAACCUGGCAAACCUUCAAUUGUAUUGAAGCUUGCAGACUUCGGAGAGGCCAAGCGCGUCAAGCCGAACGUGGAUCUGAAGGCAGGCAAGGUGGCACAUGUGAAGACUUAUCGACCACCAGAGCAUUCUACAGGCAACAUUAUCACGCUGAAGUACGAUGUAUGGUGCCUAGGGUGUCUGUUCCUGGAUUUUGUCACUUGGGCAAUACUUGGUCAAGAUGGUAUCGAUUCUUUCAAUGACCGCCGGGAGGGCGAAGAAGAUGAGGUUGCUGUUACCGAGAACCCUCGACAGGUUAUUGAGGAUACGUUUUUCAAGAGGACGAAGCAAGAGUCUGUGCCAUUCAUCUUGAAGAGACUGGAUGAUCAAUUGAAACGAGUAGUCUCGUUCAUUGGCGAGAAGAUGCUGAUCGUGGAUCCCGAAAGACGGGCGGACUCUCUUGAAGUGCGAAACUUCCUGAAAAUGGUUGUGGACGGUAUGUGA